AUCACACUCCUUCCGGCUUCCGUUACCGGUUCCUUCCGUCUCCUCCCAUUCAUUAAGGCGAGAGCCCCUCGCUCGCUCGUCCAGACCAGGAAAGGAGCGCAAAGCAGGCGGGCGGUUCGUUGAGAUCUCGGCCGCGCCAUGCCGAGGACGAGGAGGCUGCGCGGCGGGUUCCGGCUCGGCCGCAAGCUGCUGACCGUGUGGCGGUGGGCGCUCUGCGGCCGGAGCCGGCGCCGGGGGGGCGGCUACCUCCGCCUCGACACGCCGUGCCCGAAGGAGGGCCGGGAGGCCAAGAAGCUGGCGCCCGUGCUGCGGUGGGGGCGGUCGCUGGCGCGGCUCCUCAGCCUCGGCCGGACGGACCGCGGCCGGCGAACGCUCGGCGGCGGCGGCGGCGAGGCGGUGAAGACCCCCAAGGGGCAGGUGGCGGUGUACGUCGGCGGCGGCGGGCCCGGGGAGCCGCUCCGGUACGUGGUGCCCGUGGUGUACUUCAACCACCCCAUGUUCGGGGAGCUGCUGCGGGAGGCCGAGGAGGCGUUCGGCUUCCAGCACCCCGGCGGCAUCACCAUCCCCUGCGCCGCCGCCAAGUUCGAGCGCGCCGCCGCCGUGGCCGCCGCCGGGAAGAAGGGGUUCGCCAGGUGGUAGCAUCGGGCCCGUAGGCGUAGGAGACUGGAGACCGAGACCUCGGCCCUCGCUGGCCUGACCGCCUCCGCUGCGUGCGGCGGAGGCGAAUGGUGACAUGGUGUACAGCGCAUGUGUGUUUCCAUCAGCAAAGGGGCUAAUUUUGUUCCAUU